AGGAGCAGAGAGGCAGGGUUAAUCUGUCUGUGCUGUGGCUCAGCAGUCAGGGGGUUAAUCUGGCUUAUGAUGGUAAUUAUAAUGAUGGUGUACUGUCUGUAGAGAGGAAAAAAAAGAGAAAGGGCCUGGCAAAGCCUACUAGCCUGCUCAGUGGGAGGAGCCAGAGAGUGCUAGUGGGAUCCUUCUGCUGACCUUGGAGUGAGCCGGGAAGAGGGAAAAAUAGACAGAGGAAGAGAGAGAGAGUGUGUGAACUACGCUCUGCUGCUAAAUGUGAGUACGGAGUGUCUCAACUCUCUGUGGCAGCCAGCAGCAAACGGCAAUCCAGGAACAUACACAAGGACUGAGACUGACAGACACAACUUCCAGUUUGCCGUCUGAUUGUGUGAAUGAUGUCAUCCUUAAGGAGGGAUUUGGGUUGUUUGUCUACCUCACACUUAGUUACCAAAUCACAUGAGAUUCUAUCCUGGUAACCAUGACAACCCUUGCUGGUCCAGGCUCCAUCGUGCUGGGGUAAAGAACAAGAGAUCCAGCUACAAGGACACUCCAGAAAACGAAUUCUGCUCAUUGUACCUGUUUUGUCAUAGUUGUAUAGUUAUGCCAGAUAAAGAAAACCACCUUGAUGGAAGAGGAGCAGAAGGACUGUGAUGCUGGGAGGCAGAAGCUGAAACUUUGUGAGCCAGUGUGAUUGAAGGGAAGGCAGAGACCACCAGGUCGUGCCCCCAAAGAAGUGUAGCAGGACUCCCUUGCCAUGGGUGACAGUGGCGGGGGAGGAGACAAGAUUAAUGAGGCACAUGUCCUCUUUGAUCGCUUUGUCCAGGCCUCUACUUGUAAAGGAACUCUCAAAGCAUUUCAAGAGUUAUGUGACUAUCUGGAAUUAAAACCUAGUGACUAUCGAGUAUUUUACCAAAAACUGAAAUCUAAGCUCAACUACUGGAAGGCAAAGGCUUUAUGGGCCAAACUUGACAAGAGAGCCAGCCACAAGGACUACAAGAAGGGACGGGCGUGUGCCAACUCUAAGUGUCUCAUUAUUGGAGCUGGACCAUGUGGCCUUCGAACGGCCAUUGAACUGUCUUUUCUUGGAGCAAAAGUUGUCAUUGUUGAAAAAAGGGAUGCAUUCUCCCGAAACAAUGUUUUACACUUAUGGCCCUUUACCAUUCAAGAUUUACGAGGACUUGGUGCAAAGAAAUUCUAUGGAAAGUUUUGUGCUGGUUCCAUUGACCAUAUCAGUAUCCGGCAGCUUCAGCUGAUGCUAUUGAAAGUGGCUUUAAUUCUUGGAAUUGAGAUCCAUGUUAAUGUUGAGUUCUGUAGCCUCAUUGAGCCUCCUGAGGAUCAGGAAAAUGAAAGGAUAGGAUGGAGGGCUGAAGUACAUCCUAGAACACAUCCUAUUUCUGAACUUGAGUUUGACGUCAUCAUUGGGGCUGAUGGGAGAAGGAAUACCUUGCCAGGUUUCCGUCGAAAGGAAUUUCGUGGAAAACUUGCAAUUGCUAUUACAGCCAACUUUAUCAAUCGCAACACUACAGCUGAGGCUAAAGUUGAGGAGAUCAGUGGUGUGGCCUUCAUCUUUAAUCAGAAAUUUUUCCAAGAUCUGCGUGAAGCCACUGGCAUUGAUUUGGAAAACAUUGUCUACUAUAAAGAUGACACACACUAUUUUGUGAUGACUGCAAAAAAACAAAGCUUGCUGGAGAAAGGAGUGAUACUGCAUGACUUUGCUGACACUGAGUUGUUACUUUCUCGUGAAAAUGUUGAUCAAGAUGCACUUUUGAACUAUGCCUGUGAAGCUGCUGACUUUUCUACCAACCAUCAGCUCCCCAAGCUUGAGUUUGCAAUUAACCAUUAUGGACAACCUGAUGUGGCCAUGUUUGACUUCACUUGCAUGUAUGCUUCAGAAAAUGCGGCCUUGGUACGAGAGAGAAAUGGCCAUCGGCUUCUUGUUGCCCUUGUUGGGGACAGUUUGCUGGAGCCUUUUUGGCCAAUGGGUACUGGUAUUGCUCGUGGUUUUUUGGCGGCCAUGGACUCUGCAUGGAUGGUGCGCAGCUGGGCACAAGGAAACUCACCUCUAGAAGUUUUGGCAGAAAGGGAAAGUAUUUACCGACUGCUUCCUCAGACCACUCCAGAGAAUGUUAACAAAAAUUUCAGCCAGUUCAGUGUUGACCCUACUACUAGAUACCCAAACAUCAGCCUUAAUUUCUUAAGACCCAAUCAGGUGAAGCACCUUAUUGACACUGGUGACUCUAAAGAUAUUCGUGUGGAAAUGGAAAAUGCUGUGAAUUCCCGAACACCGAAACUGUUAAGAAAUGAAUCUGUGGCUCGUUCCAGCAAAUUGUUAAACUGGUGCCAACGACAAACUGAGGGAUACAGGAGUGUGAAUGUAACUGAUCUUACAAUGUCCUGGAAAAGUGGACUCGCAUUAUGUGCAAUCAUUCACCGUUACCGUCCAGACCUCAUUGACUUUGACUCCCUGGAGGAGCAUAACAUGGAGAACAAUAAUCAGCUGGCCUUUGAUUUAGCUGAAAGGGAGUUUGGAAUCUCACCUAUUAUGACAGGGAAGGAGAUGGCUUCUGUUGGUGAACCUGAUAAGCUGUCUAUGGUCAUGUAUCUCACUCAGUUUUAUGAGAUGUUUAAGGAUACAGUUCCACCGGGUGAUAAUCAUAAUUUGAGUCCAGAAGACAAGGCAGCCUGGAUAUCCAAUACCAAGUCUCCUAUUUCCUUUUUAAGCAAACUUGGACAAAGUAUCUCCAGAAAGAGGAAUCCAAAGGAUAAAAAAGACAAGGAGGUUGAUGGAUCAGGUAAACGCAGAAAGACAAGUCAGUCAGAAGAUGAGGAAGUCUCUCGUAGCUGCCAUGAUGAAAGGCCAACUCUUGUUAGUGCACUCACUGAGCGGAGAAUUGAUGCCUCAAUAGGAAAUCAAAACAAAGUAAAGUCUAUGGCAACGCAACUUUUGGCUAAGUUUGAGGAGAAUGCACCUACACAGUCUACUGGACUUAAAAGACAGGAGCAUUUGCUGACUCAUCCCUCUCUCCGACCAAAAGAGCAGGGCCGACUUGCAUCUAUUCCACAGUGGAGACAGGCCAGAGGUGAGAAGCGCUCUCGAACCUGCCCAAAGAAAAUCAUUGUGCUCUCCUCCACAUCUGCUUCCACUUCAUUGCUCUCACUUCCUCUGCAGGAAGAGGUUUCAGCAGUUGAUUCUAAACAUCCAGAGAAGCGUUUUGUCAGAGACCGGAACAAGGCUUCACAAUCCUUCUUUUUAGAUCAGUGGAAUCUCUCCCUCAGUCUUCGCUCCAACAGACAUCAAGAUGUACCUUCCUCUGACUCUCUCAGACAGAGGUAUUUAAAGAUGUACACAGGGGGAGUGAGCUCAUUGGCUGAGCAGAUAGCCAAUCAGCUUCAAAAGAAAGAUCAUCCCAGACCCCUUCUAAACAAGAAGGAAUUGGGUUCAUUCCGCAAAGAGUUUCCACAGAACAUUGGUGGAAGUGAUGUGUGCUAUUUUUGCCGGAGAAGAGUUUAUGUAAUGGAGAGGCUCAGUGCUGAGGGUAAAUUUUUCCACAGAAGUUGCUUUAAAUGUGACUACUGCGGCACAACGUUAAGGCUUUCCUCUUACGCAUUUGAUGUGGAAGAUGGGAAGUUCUAUUGCAAGCCUCAUUAUUGUUAUCGCAUUUCUGGAUAUGCACAACGGAAGAGGCCAGCUGUAACCCCACUCACUGCCAAGGAGAACAAAGUCACCCAACCUGAGCCUGUAUCAAUUGAUCAUUCAGGAAGGGCAAGUUCUACAGCCACUUCAGAGAAAAAAACAGCUGUUGAUGUGAAUGGCAUAGAAGAGCCCAGCCUAGCAAAACGUGUGAAAGGUACACCAGAACGCAUUGAGCUGGAGAAUUACCGCCUCUCUCUGCAACGAGAGGAAGAGCUUGAGGAGGUCCCUGAAGAGACUCUAGCUGAACACAACUUAAGUAGCGUGCUAGACAAAGUUACUGAUGUUGAUGAGGUCUCAAGCAGCUCUGAUUCUGAAAUGGAGGAAAAUGAGCCAGAGGGUGAUGGAGAAGCAGUAUGUCAUCCAACUUCUGACCUGGGUGGUGUUCCUUGGAAGCAGGCUGUUCACCUUCAUACACAACUCAAGGGUCAAAGUGAAAUAGAGGUUGCAGCAGAAGAAUCGUGUCUCAAGGAAGAUGAACAGGAGGAGGAGGAGGAGGAAGAAGAAGAAGAAGAGGAGGAGGAAGAAUCUAGUGAAGAGGGAGAAUAUUACCCUUGGGACAGGGAACUGCAGUUAGGGCUCUGGCUAGACCAUCUCAAAGAUGAAGAGGACACGGGUACAUUUAAAGCUGGGAAUCUUCGCAUUCAGCAAGUUGUUCAACCGAUAGAUCCUCUAGAAAUACAAGCAGAUGUUCAUUGGACACAUAUUCACACUGAAAAAGAUGAAACAAGAGCAGCAACUACACAACCCUCUACUUUUGCAGCACCAGUCAUUCCAUCAGUCCGCCAUGAGGCAGUACGAGCCUGGCUGGAGACCAUACCUGGAGCUCGGAAUGAAAAUAGUGACUUAGAAGAAGAAGCUGCACCUGGAAUGGAAGGUGCUGAUAGUAAAGAUGAUUUUUUUGCUGACAUCGAGGAGGAUGACAUUCCAUCAGAUGCGGAAGCUGAGGCUCGACUGCAUCGACGUAUAGGGGCAGAUGAACUGCCAGAGGAACAGGAUCAAUCUGAGAACAACGAGAGGGUAUCUAGUCUAGUGCCAUCAUCAGAAAGCCCCAUUCAUUCUACCAGUGAUGUAGUGUUGCCUCCUUUAACAAUUACAGAAGAUGAAGGACCUGAGAGAGAGAUCAUAAUUUCUCCAAAAGUGGCAUUGCAGUCUCCAGAGUCUCAUUUUUUCCCAGAGAUUUAUCUAUCUGAAGACAGCAUAGAAAGAAAAACCUGUCAGGAUAUUCCAGGAACUUUACAGGGUAUUCCUGUUCACCCUAUUUGUUCCCAACCAGUUCCACUCCCUGAAGCUAUUACAGUCAGCUCUCCUGUUAAGAUGCAAUCUAUACCAUGUUCUCCUGCAACCAGUCCUGUUUCUGUACCGAUUUGUUCACAACCUUUGCCUUCUCCAGAAACUUCUUCUAGUGUUUCACCUAAAUCACCAGUUAGAACUCAACCGGUACCAGCAGCAACCUCAACUCCUUUGAUCAAGUCAUCUGUGGAAACUGAGACUACAUCUAAGUUCUUUACUCCAUUAGAAGAAGAAUCCACUAAAAGAUCAGAUAUUAUAGAGGAGUUCUGGCUGAAGAGUGCAGAAAUUAGAAAAAGCUUAGGUCUUACUCCUUUGGAUAGAAGCAAAGGACCAGAGCAAGUGUUUGUACAUUCCAAUUCUGAAUUUUCACCCCCCCCUGUGAAAGAUUAUCUCUCAGUAGAACCAAAAUGGUACCCCAGCCAAUCACGGCCAGCAACUCCAAGAGUAAGCAGUGUUCUUCUCGAAAAACAACUGCCUUCAGCAUUGAUUUUAAAAACUUCUGUUGACAAAGAUUUAAAAGGCACUGAUUCAGAGAAAAAAGAUAUUAGCAGUAGUUCAGGUCUUGGCUUAAACGGUAGCACAGCCAAUACACAAACAAUGACGAGCGAAAGCUUUAACACAUCAGAGUCUACAAUGCUUACACCACCAUCAAGCCCACCACCACCCCCACCAGAAAAUGAGGAGCCAGCAACAUUAAGAGUCAAAAAACACCAGGCCAGCUGGAACAAUGCACCAGAGAAAAGUUCUAUACCUGCAACAGUGCCAGACCAACUUUCCAAAUCAUCCCCACUCCAUUGUGGUAAAGAAACUAUCAAGGUACUGAGCCAAAGAACAAAACAAGAAUUGCGAAAGUCCUUUGUGGAGAGUGUGGAUGAAAUCCCAUUUGCAGAUGAUGUUGAAGACACAUAUGAUGACAGAACGCCGGAUAGUAGCCUUCAGGAAAAGUUUUAUACACCUCCAACGAGCCGAACCAAACAAAGCAAAGAAAAGCUGCCACUGCAGCUCUCCUUAACUAUGGAGAAUGGUACACCCAGAGUCGGGGAAGCUGUAUCAGUGAAACAGAGAGUUUUACCACAAAUAUCUCCAGAAGCCAAGGAGAUUGCUGAAGAGAGGAUGAAAGUACAUGAAAAGUCUGUAAAGAGCCAAGCUUUAAAAGAUGCUAUGGCGAAACAGCUUACAAGAAUGAAAGAAACAGGUGGUUCCAAAGGGGCUCCAGGUAAAGCUGGCUGGAAUGUUUCUUUAGAGUCAUCAACACCUAGACUUUCACCCUUGGUACAUGGUUCUGCAAAAGUACCAUCUGUGAAAACCUCAGAGACCACUAAGUAUGGGACACUACCUGAAAAAUUUCUGUCACUUCCAGGUGAUCAUAGUUUGGAGGGCUCUGCUGCAUCCUCUGAUGGAUCUGCAGGAGGAAAGAGUAAAAAAAGGUCCUCUUUAUUCUCCCCUCGAAAAAACAAAAAAGACAAAAAGUCAAAAAAUGAAAGUAAAGCUUCUGAUAGGCUUAGUUCAGAGGAAACUGCCAAAUCCAAAUCUCUCUGGAAAUCUGUAUUUUCUGGGUACAAGAAAGAAAAGAAGAAGAAGGAUGAAAAAUCCUGUCCAAGCACUCCAUCUAGUGUCUCCACUGUGGAUUCAGCAAAGAAAGGAGCUUCUCCAAUAAUAAAAGCAGCAGACCUUCACUUGCGUAGAUACUUGAGUUUCUCUGAAGACUCUGAUCUCUCCUGUGAUGAUGUUUUGGAACGAACUUCUCAGAAAUCUAAAACAGAGUCUAUUUAUGUUCCCCACGCCUUGGCAUUCAAGAGAUCAUACGCAUCAAAGAAAACAUAUACUGAAGAAGAGCUGAGUGCCAAGUUAACUAGGAGAGUUCAGAAAGCUGCUCGUAGACAAGCCAAACAAGAAGAGCUAAAACGUCUGCAUAGGGCUCAGAUUAUCCAAAGACAGCUGGAGCAGGUGGAAGAGAAGCAGAGACAGCUAGAGGAGCGAGGAGUAGCUGUGGAGAAAGCAUUACGAGGAGAAGCAGACUAUUGGGGAGAAUCUAAUUACAGUGAAAUCAUCGACUUGCACCUGGGUGUUGAACUUAAUGUUGGGACUCCUCGCCGAAGACCUAUCUCCUUCUGCCCUUGCUGCACCCAUGAAGGAAUGGGCAAGAAAGACGAUCCCAAGCUUAUGCAAGAGUGGUUUAAGCUGGUCCAAGAGAAAAAUGCCUUAGUCCGAUAUGAAUCUGAGCUGAUGAUAUUUGCUCGAGAGCUGGAGCUGGAAGAUCGACAAAGCAGACUACAACAGGAGUUACGAGAACGUAUGGCCAUUGAAGACCACUUGAAGACAGAAGAAGAGCUUGCAGAAGAAAAGCGUAUUCUCAGUGAAAUGCUUGAUGUAGUUGAACAGCGGGACUCCCUUGUAGCCCUUUUGGAAGAGCAAAGACUUAGAGAGAAAGAGGAGGACAAAGAUUUGGAGGCAGUCAUGCUUUCUAAAGGCUUCAACUUGAACUGGUCUUGAGUCUUAUUUAUUUACAGGAAAAAUAUGUGACUAGUGAAACCACAAAGUUGUUUACCUAAAUAUGCAACUGUUGGAAUUAGACGUAUCCAUCGCUGGACCUACUGUGGAGGAAUUAAAUAUGCUGCAAAUUUGCCUGCCUGUUUAUCUUUCGUACAUCUUAUUAUUUGGACUGCAAAAAGAUGAAGAGUUCCUUAUUCAAGAUUUUCUUUUGAAUUUCAUAAGAACAGUAAUGCUGUCUUGCUGAUAAGCAACAUUUAGUAAUUAGUUCAUUUGUUAGUAAGAAGAAAAUAUGAUUUUGUGACAGAACUGAACAUCCUUUUAAUUGUGAAAUAUCAUCUUUGUGCACUCCUGACCAUAUCAUUGUUUUUAUUUGACUUAAUUAUUCAUUCUUUGACUCUGAAUUUCCACUGUAUAAAUGGAACAACAUCUGCAUUAGCAGUUCCCUCAAGUCUACAGUGUAAUGGAAAGCUUCUGUAGCCUCCUAAGUUUUUGCACAAAUUCCCCUUUAUUUUUGCAGAAUACUAUUUGAAAUAAUAUUUUAAAGUCAUUUCUAUUUAUUAUUUUAUAGAUCAGAGCAAAACUGUGGACUUCUGCAAUGUGUCAAAAUGUUUCACUCUACAUAUGAAGACCUUUAAGAAGAAUUUUUUAAGAUGCUUUAUUCUAGUGUUCACUUUUUAUUUCUUUUUGGUCUCCUCUUUGUACACUUCAGCCUAAUAUUUCAAUAAUUUGCAACAAAAAUAGUAAGUCUUAUCAUGGUACUAUUCUGUUUUUUUUUUUUUAUUUUAAUCGGAUUCUCUCCUGCAUGUCAAAUUUAUAUCAUGUUUGGUUCUAACAACUUGGAGGCUUUGUCUCACUCUUGCUACACUUUGGGUGACUGGCUGAGUUAUUUGUUUUACUGGUUUAUCAGUUUUGCAUUUCAUAUAAAUCAGUUGUUAAAGUACCAACAAAAAAUAUGUGUAACAUAAAAUUUAUUCAUGCCUCCCUUAAAAUCAGUAUUAUUUUCGAAUGAAUAUUUCUGAAAAAGAGAGCAUGGUGUGUUUAAAGUAAAAAAAAUAACAAUUUAAUGUGUGACUGUUUAUAUUUGUGAGUUUGUGAAUAAUAAGUUGAAUGGUGUACUGUAAAGGUUACACAUGUAUCUCGCUGUAUACCAGAUGAAAUAUAUUUCAGGCAAUGGAUGUAGUGAGGUUCUAAAUGGGGCAUCUCUUGCAUCUUUAACUGCUGCUGAUCAAAAGCUAGAUUGGUGAGUGGAAUGAUACAGUGAAAUCCCAUGCUGUUUGGCACUGUCUUGAAGAAAUAUUUUAUAUUGCAGAAGGUCAAAAUCCACACUCACAUGUACAUUGUGAAUAUGUGUAUAUUUUGUUUAUUUAAAUAUAUUCAGUAUAAUUUAUAUGGGUAUACAUAUAUAUUCCAUCUACUCAAAUUAAGGUUUAAAUAAAUUCAGACACUGGUACUGUGUACCUUACUGAUAAAUUAAUUUAUCUGGAAUAUUUUACAUACCAUGUCUUGUUGAUUCCUUCAAAUUUCUCUAACCUUUUCUAAUUUCUUUACUUGUUCUAGCUAUAAGCAGUGGGCAUAAUGUAUGAGCAUUGCAACAAAAAUGGCUAAGGAGUCAAAUCUGUCUCGAUAAUUACAGAUUCUUUCCCAUGAAUCAUCAUAUUCAUUCUUUGAGCAACUUCAUUUUGUUAUUAUAAAUAACUUUUUUCCUUUUUAUUGCUUUCAAUUUACUGUUUAAAAAAGAUCAUGUAUGCUUUUUUUUAUUCUGGAUGUUGCAGUACUUGAAUCUUAUAUAUUACAAUUGUAUCUGUGUUUCAACUUCAGCUGUGAAUUUCAGCAUAACUAAAACAUGCUGAAACUCCCGAAAGAUUGACUCAGGCAUGAUAAAUAGUUGCAGUUACCUGUCUAUGGUAAACCAUUUUGGAAAUAUAAUAGUUUUGUGAGUGUGGAUUGACUGCAAAGCAUUCGGGUAGUUGCCUUGAUAUACCAGGGUGAGUUUACUCUCCCUGGAAAUCUUGAUCAAUAGGCACACCUCCUUGAGGGAUUUUUAACACAUACCAUAUACUCAGCUUAGUCUUGCCAAUAGGAGGAAUAUUUUCACAUCUACAAAAUUUUAUAAAUGUGUGUUGUACCAAAUGACACCGUUUAAUUGGGGGCAAAGAUCCAUCUUCAUGUUUUAAAGUACAUUUUUAGUAGCUUAUUUGGUUUAUGAUUAUUUGGAAUUUGUGUGAUACUUCUUUGUAGCAUACUAUUUAUUAACAGUUGUGAAAAAUGUAUUAUAUGUAAACAAAAAUUUCAUAAUUUAAUAUUUUUGUUCUUUUGUUGGAAGUCUGACUGAACUUGCAUUAUGUAUCUUAUUUGCAUUAAAACAUUUUGAGAAAGGCAAUUGAAGUGGGCAAUAAAAUAAUUGUCACAGUUUUACAAAAACAAAAUUUGAAUUAAACAUGUACCUUCAAUUCA